AUGGAGGUUUGGCAUAUAUUCCUCUCGGCAUGCGGUGGCUACUGGUACUGGAUUUCUGUGCUUCUGCUAAACGUCCUGACUGACAACUACUGGAUCCGCAUCUGGGUAGCAGCAAAUGACACAGCAAUUCCACACAUGGUUCUAUGUGAUUCUAUCAACACAGUAUCACCAACAGCAAACACCAACAUAGUCGGCCAGCAUACAGUAUCGUUUUGGAUUGGUAUUUACCUGGCAAUUGGUGUCAUCGAAGUUUUUGCGCUGUUUAUCAAGCUUGCCUAUGCAUAUUCUAGACUGAUCAAAGCCGCCAGAAAUGUGCAUGCAAAGCUGAUCAGGUCAGUUGUCCAUGCCACACCGCAUUUCUUUGAUUCCACACCAUUUGGCCAGAUCAUUAACUGCUUCUCCCAUGACAUGGAAUCGAUUGGCACGAACAUAAUGGAUUCCUUCAUUUGGAUAUUUGCAGACUUCACCACUGCAUUAGGUGUUAUCGUCAUCAUCACUGCAGUUACGCCGCCAUUCAUUUUUGUUGCUGUUAUCAUCACAGUAGCAUAUGUGGUGAUUGCCAAGUGUUACUUGGAUUCAACCCGCGAGCUGAAGCGACUUGAGUCAAAUGCCUCAGCGCCGCUGCUGUCACUGUUUGGCAAGCUGAUACAGGGUGUAUCGUCAAUCCGCGCAUUUGGUCUCAAAAAGUACUACAUCAUGGAGGCUAUUAACAGAUCAGAUGAGCUGAAUCGCCCGUUCUACCUGACAAUGGUCUUUGACGCUGGUCUUGCUGGAUUUGCAUUGGUACAUGCACUGCAGUCUAAAGACUAUAUGCUGUUUGCCAUCCGGAACUAUGGUGAUAACGAGCUGAACAUAAAUGGUGUUGAGUGGGUCAGCCAGUAUCUAAAGCUUGACCAGGAGGCCAGUAUUCAGUCGACGCCCAAGAACAAGCCUGUCAGCAACUGGCCUAGGACUGGUGACCUUGAGGUUGAGGACCUGGUCGUCGAGUAUGUGCCUAAUGUCCCAGUGCUGCAUAGCCUGAGCAUGUCGAUCAAGCAUGGUGAGAAGAUUGGUGUGGUUGGUCGCACUGGUGCUGGCAAGUCGACGCUGUCACUAGCAUUCCUGCGGUUCAUCGAGGCAGCUAAGGGCCGGAUCAUGCUCGAUGGGGUUGACAUCUCGAAGAUUGGCCUGGAGGAUCUCCAUUGCAAUGUCAUGAUCAUUCCACAGGACCUAGUGCUAUUCAACAGCACUAUUCGCUUCAACCUCGACCCAUUCAGCGAGUACCCUGAUGAGAUUGUGUGGGAUGCGCUGCGCCAUGCACAUCUGACUGCCAGCACCACAAUCAGCAUGUUUGAAGGCAACGCCAUCGACAGCUUGCUGGAGCACAUGUUGGGCAUAUUCACUAGCCUGGAGGCCGAGAUCAAGGAGAAUGGCCAGAACCUGUCACUGGGUCAGCAUCAGCUAGUGGCACUGGCUUGCGCUCUGGUGCGCUGGUCGCGACUGAUCAUCAUGGAUGAGGCAAUAGCGUCAUGCAUGAUCUGUGGCUCUGAGUUUGCCAACUUGACCCUAUUCUGCAUUGCUCACCGGCUGCGUACCAUUAUCGACUAUGACCGCAUGCUGGUACUGGACAAGGGCAAGGUUGCCGAGUUUGAUACUCCAGCCAACUUGCUCAACAGACAAGGCAGUAUCUUCCGGAGCAUAUGCGAAAAGUCCGGCGAGUUUGAAUACCUUGCCGAUGCUGCCAUGCGAGCCCAAGAUGCCAAGCAGUUUUCUUAA